GAGGGAGGGAUGGAUGAAGUUUGGAACUAGCUCAUCAGAAGACAAAAAGAAAAAAAAGACGAUUUUCGCUGUGAUAGUACAAGUAGUAGCAGAAGCGGGAGGCGAAAGCUGUUUGCCCGAUAAGGAAGAAGAUAAUGUCUCACAAAGGAUGUCUCAGUGUUACAAAAUACUUCCUCUUUCUCUUCAACCUUUUCUUUUUUAUGCUUGGAAGUUUGGUCUUCAGUUUUGGCUUAUGGAUACUUUUUGAUCAAAAUAAUUUUGCUUCUACACUUGGGUCCUCAUAUUAUGCUCUCAAGAUAUGGUCCUACGUUUUCUCUGGUGUGGGCAUCCUAACAAUGUUUUUGGGAUUUCUUGGAUGCUUGGGUUCCCUCAAGGAAAUCAAGUGUAUGCUAGGACUUUACUUUGCCUUCCUACUGCUCCUGUUUCUUGGUCAAGUCACCAUUGCAAUCUUGAUACAAACACACAGCAACACGAUCAGUUCAACAGUGGCUGGACACGUAAAAACCAUCAUUGUAAGCUAUGGAACAAAUGCAUCCCUUUCAGAUCAUGGUGACAGCUGGGAUUUUGUGCAGGAGCAGUUCCAAUGCUGUGGCUGGACAGGCUGGACAGACUGGAUGGAAAACAGCAGAGUCAGAAAUGCCUCGAAGAAAGAAUUUCCCUGCUCUUGUGGUAACACCUCUGCUCUGCACUCAGCCAACAACAGAACAACUGCCAAGCCGGCCCUCUUUUGCCAAGCAGAGCCACAAUUGCUAAUCAACAAUAAAGGCUGCAGGGAGAGUGUCCAAAUCUGGCUGAACAAUAACAUCAUCAGCAUUGUAGGGAUCUGCCUUGGGAUUGCUCUUCUAGAGCUCUUCCUCAUGAUGGUAUCGAUGUUUCUGUGUAGAACCAUUGGCCCCAAUUACGACAAGCUUGCUCGUUAUUCCUAGGCAAACAAAGUUUUUGGGGAAACGGCAUUGAAGAACAUUCUGUCUUAUUCAGACAUUCCACUAGGGUUUUAAAACAGUAUAUUGUAGGGCUGCGGUUGUGUUCAGCAAGUUUACUAUCUAACUUUCUUGUCCCAAUUGAUCCAGUCUUGGAAACUGAGAUGAAACUUUCAAGAAUCAGAGCAACCAAUAAGAAAACAGAGUAUUAUGAAACAGGUUUUUACCUUCACUUUGGUAAAGAUAAUUUAGCUUUUAGAUGUCCUCCAAAAAUUAUAGCCGUAUCGGCUUUUAGCUUUACAUUAAAUCCCUACAAUAAGUUUUAUAUGUUUUUAUAUUGCAUUGUCCUGGAAUGCACAGAUUUUAACAGCCAUGCCCUGAUCUACUUUUGCAUGAGGAGAACUAUUUAACCAUAAAUCACUUAUUGCUAGGACCCACCAAAUACGACCUGGGAAAAAUUGUUUGUUAAGAGUGUAUACAUAUUACACAUUCGACACUACCCCCAAAUCUUUAAUACAGCUAUUUUAGACCUAAAGCUAAAAAAAUUUUUUUUUAAAAAGAGAAAUUCACAGCAUAUUAUUUAGUCAACAAUUCAGGUUGUGAAUUAACAGUGGGGUUGGCCCACCUGAUUGGACCCAAAGUUUCAUUCCUACUACUAUUGAGGUAUGAUCUAUGCAGCCAGUCUUCAAGCAUUCUCAACUAUGCACUUGAUGCACAAUUAUUAGGCAAGUUGUAUUUUGGAGGAUUAAUUCCAUUAUUGAACAAUUACAGGGCUCUCGGUCAAUCCAAAAUGUUAAUAAACCUCAAACCUGAACAUUUAAGAGAGUGAGGUUUUGGCUUUCUUAGGAUAAUAUCUGUGCAUGCACAAUUAUUGGGAAACUAUUAGUGUGCAGAAUGAUUGUGCAACCAAAUGAAAAACAAAAAUUUGCCCGUCUCACUCUUUUGUUUGUAUCUGUUUAUUAACUCAAAAUGUACAAGUAAACAUUUCUGACAUUUCACACAUACACA